UUAAGAAGGCAGAGCCCGGGGAGGGCCGUCCCUGUUGCUUAUUGGAGCCCCGGCUGAGCAACGUGUGUCUGUCGUGGCAUCUUGUCGGCGGAUUUCAGCGCCCUGGGUUCAGCUGAGCCCAGUAGGAAGCGAUCCCCGCUCUCUUCCUCGUCAGCGCGGAGAGGAUGCUUUGACAGAUGCUUACAAAGAGACCAUUCCCGGGUCUCACUUUUUGUGCCUUCUACCUGGCCACCUACCUCACGAACAAGUAUGUCCUGUCUGUCUUGAAAUUCACCUACCCCACCUUAUUCCAAGGGUGGCAGACAUUAAUUGGUGGACUUUUGCUUCACAUUUCUUGGAAGCUGGGAUGGGUGGAGAUCAACAGCAAUUCCAGGGCCAAGGUUCUGGCAUGGCUUCCUGCUUCAAUGCUGUUUGUGGGGAUAAUCUACGCAGGUUCUAGGGCAUUAUCUAGAUUGUCCAUUCCUGUGUUCUUUACAUUACACAAUGCAUCGGAAGUUAUUGUCUUUCUGUAUCAGAAGUGCAUUUCAAAAGAACUUACAUCUCCUACAAAAAUCUGGAGUGCUGUCUUCCUCCUGAUAGCUGCUGGAAGUCUUCCCUUUAACGAUGUACAAUUUGAUCCGGUUGGAUAUUUCUGGGCUGCCAUUCACUUGUUGUGUGUAGGGUCUUACAAAAUACUUCACAAGGCCCAAAAAUCCAGUGUGUUAAGUGACAUUGACCAGCAAUACUUAAACUACAUAUUCAGCGUGGUUCUGUUGGCCUUUGCAUCUCAUCCCACAGGUGAUCUCUUCAAGGCCCUGGAGUUUCCAUUCCUAUAUUUUUACAGAUUCCACACCAGCUGCUGUGCCAGUGGAUUCUUGGGAUUCUUUUUGAUGUUAAGUUCAGUGAAGCUAAAAAACAACAUGGCUCCAGGACAGCACACAGCCUGGAUUUUCUUUGCCAAGGUUAUGACAGCUGGCUUUUCAAUAUUGCUGUUUGACACAGCCCUGGACAUUGCUAUGGUGGCUUGCCUUCUACUGGGCGGACUUGGAGAAGCCUUGCUGGUUUACUCAGAAAGGACGAGCACAUAGAGAAAAGAAGGAACAUAAAAUGCACCCGGCUGGCGAAAGGAGAAAGCAAGACUUCUGUGUGGAUGGAAAAGAUAACAUGAAAAAAGCCAGACUAAAAACCAGUGUCAGGGCCUCUUUUCCAGGAGAGGGGCCAAUGAUGUUCCUACGGAUGAUGGAGGGGUAACGCACUUGAUGUUAUCAUUAGCACUGCCUUGAAGAACUCUGUAUAAGGGCUAAGAGUGGCUGCCCAUCAACACCAAUUUGUUAGAGGCACAAAUGGCCAUUCAGUGGAGGGAGGAGAAGUCGAAUCUUUCCUAGUAUUUUCCCAGACCUUUCUGGAAGCAUAGGAUUCAUUUUUUACUACAUUGACUCAUUUUAUACUAAAUACCCAUUCCUGAGUCUCCCAUUUCCCAGCCUCCAACACUACCUCACAAAGUAUGGCAGAGGGCUCUGCUCAUACUCUCUUCUGGGAAUCCCAUUCCGUAGAUUGUCCUUUCUGGGCUGGCAAAGAAUUGUAGGAUUCUCCCCCGUAUACAGCAUCUGGAGAUAAUUCCUUGGGAAGGAGUCGAUUGUGACCAACUGAAUGGCUGUUCUGGGCCAUGCUAGAAAUCAGCAAGACAGCUCAGCUCCUCUGUUAUGAGCUCGAAAACAUAGCUUUUUGUUAUUGUUUUUGCUUUCCUUUCCCUCUCACAUUUCAGAUUUCUCUGAACUCUCAUCAAGUCUAUGUUGCACUUAUUUGUUUUCUUUAUUUCUGCACAUUGUUCAUCUCCUGCAAGUAGAAAACUUAAGUUAAUGCUAAAUUAUCACCAAAGGGAGCUAGUUUCAUAAGCACUGAUGGAUGGCCUGGAUACCCUGGACAUAAAAGAUACCUCCCCCCCUUCCCUGCCCCAAACAACAACAAAAACCCAAACAACUUGCAUUCCCCAAAGCCUUCAAAUGAGUUAAUUCCAUGGUAUCAGAGAAGAAGUGAAUCAUUUAACAAGAAAACAAGUUUUUUUUUUUUCAUGCUAGAUCAAGAAUUGGAAAUGUUAUAACUUUAUUUAUAGGAAUGGAUUUACAUGAGAUGAGAACUGAAUUUGGGAUCCACAAGGAAGGUGUUGAGGAAAUCAAGAUUUGACUCAAAAAUUUUUUUUCUAUUUACUGUUGUUCUUGUGAAGACAAUACUACUGGUCUCUUAAUUUAGAAAGCUUUGGUGUUUAUAGGGAAACUAGCUCCUGGAAGAUUAUAUUGUUAUCAAGUCACAGGAGCCAGGGGCUCAGCUUAAGCAUGUUCAGCCCCAUUCUAAAGAAGCCCUAUGUUUUCUUGGGUGAAUAGUGUUUCCUUUUUUCUGAAUAAGCCUCCCACCCACCCAUCUGCUCCGUCACUGUUCUCCCCACUGGCCCCUUUUCCUUAUUUGGAGCAGGAGCAGCUCUAGACUCAGGACCACUUCCCUGGAGAAAUCAAUUCAUUUAGCUUUGGAACUGCUCUGGGGCCAAUCCAUUCUAACUGCUGAGUAAAUGCAGUCUCCCCUAACCCCCCCAGAUCCAGCCCAACAUGGGGGUGUACCUGACUGCUGAAGGACUCCACUGGACAUCCCUUGAUGCUCUCUAUCUCUUGGGUUUAAUACUAUUCCCUGGCCAUUUCUGUAUGUGUAACCUGCCCCACUCCAGACCCUUUGCUGCCCCCAAUAAAAUGUUAGCUCCUAGAGAGCAAAUAAUAUCUCACUUUUUAUAAUUAUAUCUGUCCCUUUUGCCUAGGACAGUGCUUAACACUGUUAAUUGCCUUUCAAAAAAUGCCUUUUAAUUCAUUUAUUUAAAGAAAGGGGAAGAAGAAAGGCAGGAAGAUUCAUUUUACCUCUAAGUUUAUGAACCUAAAAUUCUCAGAUGAAUUCUGCCAUGGACAGUGAUGAUCAAGAUAUUUGAAACUUUAAAAGAUUCUCUUUAAGGUACCAAGUUUGUGCCUAGAAUCGAUUUCCAUGUAUUUUCCUCAAUCCUUUUAAUAAUUUAAAAUUCUUUUCCAAAAUGUUGUUUGCAAAUGUUUAUAUUUUUCCUACUUUUAUGUUUCACUUGGCUUCUUCAACCUUAGGUGUAUGUUCCCUCUCCACCAACUUGAUAUGCAUCAAUGGAAGAGUUCAUUAUUUUGACCUUCCCCAACUCAGAUUGUACAGCUGGGUUCUAUUGUUUUUCACUGGCAGAAAGUGUGAUUUGCCAAAAUGCCAGUUUUUCCUACCCCUUCAAGUAUUGUUUAAAUAUUCAGAGAUUCAAAAGGCUGGGUAGUACCAUAAAAUGGUAUUAUUUAACCAUUGUCUCUAAUAAGUUCUGAUCUCAAAGGAUCCCAGUAAUAAAUUUCAUUUUUCUUAAAGAUCCCCAGGAAAAGGGGUUGCAAACCACUCUUGUUUUUUUAAUGUUCAAUAGUAUUUUAUUUUUCUAAAUACAUGUAAAGACAGUUUCCAACAUUCAUUUUUGUAA